UCCCGCCCUUCCUUCCCGGUCCCCACGCCCCGUUCCGUGUCCGCUUCGCCAUCCCUGCGCGAGCAAAACGGGUUUCCUCUGCAGGGAAGGGAGGGAAAUGCCUGGCGGACGGAGCAGGAGGAGGAGGAGGAGGAGGAGGAUCGGGAGAGCCGGGAGCUGGGCAUCGACUCCGAAACAGGCGCUCCCUCGCCCUCGGGGCAGCAGCUGAGAGCGAGCAAAGGGACGCCGGCUGCCCAGCCUCCCCUCUCGGCCUCUUCCGCUCCACCCGGGCUUUGGAGAGAGCUCCUCCAGACCGGGGAGAGCCUCCUCUGGACGGGGCCCCCUCCUCCCCAUGCCCCCGGGGAACUUUCGGGGCGGCAGAAGACGGAGGAAGAUGAUCUGAAGGCAGGAGCUGAAGGCAGAGGCUCCGGAAGAUGAGCCACGCAGAUCAUACAAAGCCACCACUUGCACCAAAACCAAAGAUUCUCAGUCAUCUCACUUCAAUAGCUGCUUCCAAACUUCCUCCCUCACUCUCAAAGACUGGCACACUUCAUAAUUCAAACUCUAUGUCUAGGGGUCCAAAACCACCCAUUGCUCCCAAGCCAAAAAUCUCCACUGACAACGAUCCUGCAAUUACACAGAGAUCAAGUGUCUAUGCCAAUAAUACUUUUAACAAAUAUAGCAAUGGAAAACUAGAGGGAGAUGUUUAUGAAGGAAACCAGUGUAACAGCACAGAGUGUCCUGAGUCAGAAGUCAAUAAUGAAUAUAUUGUAAUUCUGGAAGCUGAACUGACUGAUAAAAGUUAUAAUGACUUUGAACAUGAACAGGGGGAGACAGCAGAGAAUGAGAUCUUACCCACUUCUGAAGUAGUAGCUGAUGAAAAAGACAAUUGCAGUGACCACAGUGAGAUCUGUAAGAUUGAAAUAAAUAUAUCAGGCAACACUGACCAUGAACUAGUGGGAGAUGACACAGCCAAGCCAACUGAAAUCCAAGCUUUUGCUGUCUCUGGAGCACCUGAAGAGGAAAAGGAGGAUGCAUCAAAGGAUGACUGUGAAAAUGUGGACAGGGAAACAGAUCCCAAAGAGGCCACAAUGAACUGUUCAGAUGAGGGUGGGGAAACAUUUCGAGAACUGGAUCUGGUAAAGGACAAUAAUGAAUAUAAUAUAGACAGCAUGAUUUUGAAUGGGGAUGAGGCUUUGAAGGACACUAUAUGUGACAAUAUUAUUUUAAAUCAUUUAGAAGACCCAGAGUCAACCUCAGAAGAUCUGCCACUAAUUGAUGGACAAGAAGAGGAAGACUCACCUCAGACAGAUGAAGAGGAGCAACCUAACUCAAAUGUAGGAAUGGGUCCAAUGGGGAACGAUGACCAAUCAACCCUCCCCACAGAGGAGGAGCUUAUAGAAGACACUUGUACAAGUCCUGAUGAUAAUCUUGCUCAAGAAUCUACAGAGGCAAACACUGGAUUAGAGUCAAAAGGAUCUUAUCCUGAUGAGAUUUUGGGAGAAGCCACCAAUGAAGCUGAUGCUGGAACAGAGGAGGAAAUAGGCUCAAAUGCUGAAUGUGAAACAAGCAUAAAACAAAAAGAAAAUUCAGAUGAUGACUACCAAACCACUGAGACAGAGGGUACAGAGGAAACAUCUGAGACUGUAUGUGAUGCAAGGGAAGAAGAUAAAGAACAAAAUGAGGUGGUAGACAUAGAGAUCAUGGAUGAUAACUGUCAAAUCAUUCCCUUUGAGAAAGAAUGCAAUGAGGAGGUUCCUGAUUCUCCUGAAGAAAAGUUAGGUGGAGAUUUGACUUCUGAAGGAAUAUCAGAUCAUAACUCACCUUUUGAUUUUCAAGAAGAUAAUGGGCUUCAAUGUGACUUAGAGCAGGCAGAAGCAUCUAAGGCAGAUAUUUUCCUUGGAGACGAUAACACAAAUGUAUACACUUUGGAAGACACCCAGUCAGAUAACCACAUGCUUGAAGCUGAUCAAGGCAAUUAUGGAGAAAUUGCCCCAAAUACACCCACUGAAAAAUCAUCCGGAGAUACCUGGAGUUCUCCAGGAGAGACAGACCAGUGCUAUCAAAGGAAAACUGAAACAAACAGUGAAUAUGUGAUCGAGGAAGGGUCAGUGGUUCCGGAAGUAGUUGUUGUUUCUGGAAAUGAUGACAAAGUAGUCUGUGACUCCUUAGAUGACCCAUAUGUGUUAGGAGACAGCUUGCCUUCAGCUAAUGAAACCUUUUAUGCUAGAAAACAAAGGUGGGAUUCUGGUGUUCAAGACAGUUCAACUGAUUUCAGAGAGGGAACAAGUACUGACAGUGAAAACCACUUGCUCUCUCUUGAUCGGAAGAGCAUUGUUACUAGAACAAGGUCCCUUUCUGGAAAGGUGCCUGGCUGUGUACCAGAAACAGUUCCAGAAGAAACAGGCCCAGAUAACGAACCUUCAAGCAUAACCACAACUGAACAUUUAGGGCCCAGUUUCUGUCUGUCAGAUGGAAAACCCAUGGAAUUGAGCAGAGCGUUGCCUGCAAAGCCAAGGCACUUUGUUUUAUAUCCUCGAUCGUAUUCAGUAGAGGGCAGAGAUGUUGCUGUCCCUGUAUAUGGAGAAACUGACAAUUCAAUAUUGGAUUACAAUAGAAUAAACAGGACAGAUGACCUCUCUUUACCAUGUGUAAUAGCUUCCUCAGGUAGCUUUUCCCAGAGAAAUCAUCUCCCAUCCAGUGGGCUUUCUACUCCAUCCUCUGUUGUUGAUAUCCCACCUCCUUUUGAAUUGGCUUGCAUCACCAAGAAGCCCAUCACAAAAAGUUCACCGUCACUUUUGAUAGAGACGGAAUCUCCAGAUAAGUACUGCAAGAAAAAGAAGUCCUCUUUUAAAAAGUUUCUCACCUUAAAGUUCAAGAAGAAGACUGAAAAUAAAGUCCAUGUGGAUGUUCACAUUUCUUCAUCAAGGUCCUCCUCAGAGUCUAGUUACCACGGACCUUCUAGAAUCAUGGAACUGGAUAGAAGGAGCCUGAGUAGUUCUCCUCAGCUCAUAUCACGGACUGGAAAGCUGAGGGCUUCUGAGUCCCCAACUGUUCUCUUCUACAAGGAUGGCAAAAGGAAAGGAACACCCAAAACUUUCAGCAGAAGUGUGUCAAGGGUGGAAUCUUUUGAGGACCGUUCAAGACCCCCUUUCAUGCCUCUUCCUUUAACUAAGCCUAGGUCUAUUUCAUUCCCUAAUGCUGACACUUCAGACUAUGAAAAUAUCCCCGCACUGAACUCUGAUUAUGAAAAUAUACAAAUUCCUCCACGAAGGCCUGCAAGGGCUGGAACCUUUACGGAAUUUUUCGAAGAUCCCAGCAGGGCAUUAUCUGCAGCAAACGAGAAUGAUGGUUAUGUGGAUAUGAGCAGUUUUACAGCCUUUGAGAACAAUAAGCAGCAACCUACCAACCAGGAAACAGAAAGUGCCUACACAGAACCUUACAAGGUGUGCCCCAUCUCUGUGAUUCCCCUUGAAGAUGUCACGUCGGAUGAAGAACAGAAAAGCUCUGGAGAUGAAGACAGCAGUCAGGGGGACUCCAGCCUCAUCCACAAGAAAGAGGGACAAUCCAGAGCUCACCUUAUUGCCCAGGACCUUCUGUCUUCAGAGAAAGAAUAUGUGGAGAUGCUCCACUUGCUACAUAGGGAUUUCUAUGAAGCUGUCUUAAAAGUGCUAGGAAACGAGAAUGAUGGUAACCAUGAAGAAGCAAAGCUCAAGGAAGGAUUGAAUGAGGUCCCAGAGAUCUACAAUUUGCAUCAAGAAAUAUUUGAAGAACUGGAAGAAAAGGUUCUCAACUGGGAAGAACAUCAGAAAGUGGCUGAAGUUUUCCUCUCCAGACAAUCGCGGUUUCAUCACCAUACAGCUUACAUCAUGCACUUUGAUAGGACCUUGGCUUUGCUGGAUGAAGCUCGUCUUAAAUCUUCCCAGUUGGAUAUUGUCAUUCGAGAGUUUGAGCAGUUUCGUGAUGGCAAUAUCUUGAAUGUGAAACAUCAGCUCUUGAAAGUGGUGCAGCGUGUAUUCCAGUACCACGUGCUACUCACAGAUUACUUGAAUAAUCUUUGCCCUGAUUCUGCUGAAUAUGAAGAUACACAAGCAGCCUUACUCAUUGUUACUGAAGUUGCAGACCAAGCCAAUGAUAGCAUGCACCAAGGGGAAAACUUGCAAAAGCUGGUACAUAUAGAGCAUAGUGUCAAGGGGCAGAGCAACCUCCUCCAACCAGGAAGGAUGUUUCUCAAAGAAGGAACGUUGAUGAAAGUGUCUGGGAAAAACAGACAUCCUCGACAUUUGUUCUUGAUGAAUGAUGUUCUACUGUAUACAUAUCCACAGAAGGAUGGGAAAUACCGCCUUAAGAACACAUUGGCUGUGUCUGGCAUGAGGGUUAGCCGUCCAAUGACAGAAAAAGCCCAAAAUGUCCUGAAGAUUGAAUAUGCUGAAAAUUGCCUAAUCUUAUCAGCAAGCUCAUGCUCUGAAAGGGAUGAAUGGUACAACUGUAUCAGCAGAAGCAUCCCCGAUGACUACAGGGCUCACAGUGCAGCUGGAUUUCACAACAGUGUUGAACUGAGAGAAAGACUGGGAAUUUCCUUAGGAGAGAGGCCUCCAACCUUGGUACCUGUGUCUCACGUCAUGAUGUGCAUGAACUGUGGCUGUGACUUUAAGCUCACACUGAGGCGUCAUCAUUGCCAUGCAUGUGGAAAGAUUAUUUGCCGAAAUUGUUCCAGAAAUAAGUAUCCUUUGAAGUAUCUCAAAGACCGACUAGCAAAAGUUUGUGAUGGCUGUUACACAGAACUGAAGAGGAGAGGUGAGUCCUCUCCAUCCCUUCAUUUAAAGCAGCGGCCAAUGAGCAUGAGCUUCCCUACAAGUUCAUCCAGGUUGUCGAGUGGUGCCUUCUCUUCUGUCUUCCACAAUAUCCACUACACAUCUUUCAAAAGACAAAAGAAAAUUCCCUCAGCUCUUUUGGAGGUAGCAGCUUCAGGAGAGGGAUCUUCUAUCAGUGGCUAUCUCAGCAGAUGCAAGCGGGGGAAAAGGCACUGGAAGAAGCUGUGGUUUGUUAUCAAAGGCAAAGUGCUCUACACCUAUACUGCCAAUGAGGAUAAAGUCGCCACAGAGAGCAUGCCUUUGCUGGGUUUCACAAUAGCCCCAGAAAAGGAUGACAGGAAUACGGAUGCAGUUUUCCACCUUUACCACAAGCAAACUCUGUUUUAUAGCUUCCGAGCAGAGGAUAACAAUUCAGCACAGAGAUGGAUUGAAGCUAUGGAGGAAGCUUCUGUAUUAUAGCAUUAUCUAAGAGGACUUUGAACACAUUUAUAUUUGCAACAGCACUCUUCUAUUGGAAGAAACAAUGUAUAUAUCCCAAUACUGGAAGAGACUUUGUACAAGACUUUUUUUUGCUUUUGUCCAGCUUAUUUCUUGCAGGUGGAAACUUCUUUUAAAAGGAGUAUUUAUGGCCCCUUUUCUAUCUCUGCAAGUUCAUCCUUCAUCAUACUUCACACCUUUGUAAUACAGCUGCAUCAUAUUUUGAAGAUCUAGAAUCAGUGUUUGUAUCCCCCCCCCCCCCCAAUGCUUUUUAGUGUACUAUCGAUUAUUUUCUCUCCAUCAUGAAAAUAGUUUCCAUUUCUUCUUGCCUACAGAGAUCUGGGCUGACAUACCAUUAUUCUGUUUACAUUGGUCAGAUGAAGUUAUGCUGUCCCUGUUUUAGCUGCCACAGCAAAUGUUUUUAAAAAUAAACCAGUAAUGAAAUGAUAAGAAUCCAAUAUAGUAACUCAACUCUAAUUUUCAUAAAUAACAGCAAGAGUUUACUUUCUUGCCAAGUUCACUAAUGCACUGCAAAAUCCAUUUCUUUUGCUUAUGAUGAUGCCUCAACAUCUACCCCAAAGGAUAUUGAUUAUAAACCUUGGCAUAACCUGUUUGGAACUGAUUUGUAUAUUAUUAUAUUUUAAUAGUUGAAAAAAUGAGUUUUUUAAAACCUUGCAAUUCUAAUGACGAAAAAUCGUUUCUUAAGUGAAAGCUGGUGUGGUUGGUACCCAACUUCCAUUUGACUGUAUUGGCCAUGGACUGAUGUUCUUCGCCAGAUGUUCUCAAAAGUUCUUCCAAGAGUCAAGCAAUCUGCCACAUACUUCAAGUGAGUGACUCAGCGUGUUUGCUUAAACACAUCCAGUUGAAAGCCGACGGCAGGUAUUCAAGAGCAGUUGGCCCAACUGGGUAAAUUUGUCAAGAGUUGAAGCUACAAAACAUAUAUGAGUUUUGACAAAGGCUUUCAUGGCCAGAAUCACUGGGUUGCUGUAGGUUUUUGGGGUCAUUAUGUUCCUCCCAGGAUACAUGUUCUCACAAUGUAUGAGUGGGGAUUAAAAAUAAUGAAAGUUGGAUUAUGGGAUGGCACAUCAUCUAUGCAAGUCUGGUCUAUGCCCCCCCCCCCCCGUUUCUCUCUCUGACUACAUCAGGAAAGGACUGAAGAUCCAUCUCGAAAGUUAUGAAGUGUCACAAAUCCAGGUAACAGGGCCAGUUGAACCAUUUUUUAAAAAGCCCUAAUGUUUGUUUAGAAAAUCCCCGUACUUUUAAUUAUUUAAACACGGUUGCCCAGCCAAACAUUUGGUGUACUUGUUAGUGCCAGUAAGAAUGUACCAAAUCAAUAGGGAUUUACAUAAAUAUUAACUAUUGGUGGGCAUAUGGGCAAAUUCCUGUUGUGGUUUCUAGUUUCCUUGGGUAUGUAUCUAGCCUGGGAAGCGAUUUAAAGCUAAUAUCACUCUUGGAAGUUGGUUUUACACUAAGGGACAUUGCUGGCAUCAGGAUGAACUUGGCGGAGUUUUCCUACCAUUGAUUUGGAUUGACCAUUGUGCAGUUUAUUUCCUGGUCUAGAUCAGUUGGAAUUACAACUAAUUUCAGACCUAGAAGUCCAUUAGCUGAAUUUUGACUAUUUAUUUUAUAGAGCAAGUCCUUAUCAGGUUUGUGAAAGUUUUUAAAAAUAGUACUCUUCUUCCUUUGGAACCAUCUUGCCUGAAACAUGUUUUAUAACCCACUACAGAAAGAAAGAAAAAUCCACUAAAGCAGUGACUUUAAUGCUCCAAUACCGUGCCGCCAAUGAUUGUUUAAGAUAACAUGUUCAUUACAUGUAUGCGUUACAGCGUCAAUACUACUGCAUUGUUAACAGACCUGUAGUGAUGGGACUUGCAAGGCCUUUAGGCAUAGAAAUCUGAUGAAGACUCGGACCUCAGUAGCAAUGACCCCUUACAGCACCUGAACUCAAUAGAAUACACUACCUUUCAGUGAAAAAGAUUUUCAUUUCUUUUUUAAAUUAUAUUUGAAAUGUCAUAUGUACAGUUAAAUACAUUUGUGAAAUAACCUUAGUGUUUAUAUUGUGUGCCAUGUACUGCUAAUUAAAGUUCUGACUGGGUUAGAUCUACGGUGAUGAAAUGAAACAUUUAGUUUGCUUCCUUUCAACAAUAUAUAUGGCUUAGGGAAACAUUUUAAACAAACAUUACUUUUUAAAAAAACCAACAGAUUUUCCAUUUGAGGAAACCAAGGUGGUGUGCAAAGAUGAAGUAUGAAGACACAAUUUCCAUAUUUUCUUACAAUUUUCAACAUUUAUUCAUGUUUCAGGUUAUAAAUUUGGCCUUGGUAAAAUCACAUAGAAGCAGCAGGAGGGAAUAGGCAAAAAUGCACUGGUAGGAACAGAGUUUUAAAUGCAACAAGAAACUCAAUAAUGAAAACUGCAAUCCUCUUGCCACUUACCUGACAGUAAGCCCCAUAAUUCAAUUAAACUUACAGUAGAUGUGUUUAGGACUGCACUGUAAGCGAGGCUUUAAAAGAUAUGCAUUACAAAAUAAACACUAUAAUGAUAUUUUGGUGCUGGCAUUUAAUUGCUCUUGUAUUAAAUUUACAGAAAAACUGACUACUACUCAAAAUAUUGUUGUAAAAUAUAAUUAUUCAUUUGUUUUAAGAAACAUGAAAGAAUAAAAAACAAAACUGUACAA